ACAGACAGAGAGAUGAAAGAAAUUUGGCUAGUGUAUCAGAGACCUCCCUGUUGACAAGAGAUGCUUGUUGCCGCUUUAUAUGUUGUGAGGAAUGAAGCCCAUGAAGUAGUGUCAAUAAACAUCAUCACGGAGACAGUGGGAACGGAGUGCUUGGGGAUCCAGUGAAAAUCGAUAUCCCACCCGUCCGUUGGUGAGUGAUGCUUCCACUAUGAGAGCAAAGUGUUUAGUUUGCAAGUAGUUAUGACAAUCAAAUCAGGUACCGGAAGUGACGAGGUGAUUAUCGAUCUCGUAUAACGUUCCAAUUGCUUUUCCAACACCUAAGCAAGCUACAUACACGAAGAGUGGUGACCCCGAUUUCGGGAUGACGAAAUCUAGUUGUGAUAUUAGUUUUCUCUUGCGCUAAAAAAGAGAGGAAAAAAAUGAUGCAGGUGCAACGAAAUUGCCACAAAGGAUGGCUUUCUGACUGACUGGCAAGAUCUUCAUCUCUCAAUGUGUCCUCCGUUUUGUGCGAGUUUCUCGACCCCAGUUAACUAUCAGGUGACCGUCAUAGCGGUCAUUUAAUCCCUCCUCCAACCAACCAACCAACCAUUAUUACCUUCUUGCAGCACAGAGAGAAAGAAAGAAAGAAAGAACAUCGUGAGAACAAGGUGACAGUUUCUUUGGCUAAAUCCCUUGUUGAUUGUUCUGUCCGUCCUAGCCAACGAACGAACGAACGAACGAACGAGUGUGUGCUCCCGCAACAAUUUUGCCGAUCCUUUCCCUCGCCUUUAGUUAGAUCUUGAAUCGGAGAACAAAAGCUUCCGAUAUCUCUCCACUUAAUCUCACAUUGUUGCUCUGACAUUAAAGUGGAGAAAGAGACGAGAGACUUUCGUCUCAUUCUGAGAUAGAUUACAACUACCAGGCGUCGACGAUUACCGACACCACCUCCAGUUCUCCACCCUUCCCUCCCUUGUUCUCUUGGGGAUUGCAUGAAGGCCAAUCCUGGCAGGAAUUAGAGUGGAAUAAAUGCAAUAAAUUUGUCACCACGGACAUGAACAAGUGCGAGUGAGUGCUACUCCUGCUCAGCCAAAGUGUGAGAUAGCCAUAUUUCACCUCGAUCAUCGGCAGAAAAAGCACCUCGUGAUCUGACGCAGGAUGUUGGUGAAUGCUGAUACCAAGCCUUCCCAUCUUUCUCCCGCCCCAUCGGCAUCUGUGAAACUGAGACGACGAAAUAAGAACAACAAUAACCACAUCAAUGGCCCAGGAGGCGUGCCUCCCACUUUUGAGCAAAAGAAGAAGAACCGACACUCGGGUGACUUUCUGUAUUGGUCACCCUCUCGACAGAUCCAGGAGGAGCGACGGGUUCAACGGAAGUCAGGGGAUUGGAGCUAUGUCAGCUUUCCGGUUCAAGGUCACAAUGGUGGGGGAUUAAACCUUAAUCAAGGGAGUCCCAUGCGAGAUUAUCCCUACCAAUUCCAUCUACGCAAUGAUGAGCCAGCGAAGAAACCAAGUGCCAGUAUUUUGGAGAGCAAGGUCAUCGCUUCGAUCAUUCAGAACGAGACUUCUCGGAGUGCCCAAGGCACACCUAUCCGACGCAAUGCCGGCUCUCCGCACCCUCCACCCCUUCCUCCGCCCCGAUGUAACUCGGCCAUGGAGACCCUCGACCGAAAGCCACCCCCAAAUGCCACCCCAGUGACUGGAGGGGUGUCGAGGCGCAAGAUCAAUGGGUCUGGUGGAGGCGAGUCAUCCGAUGCCGAAAGCAAUAACAACACCAAUCCUCGAGAGUUUGGUCGACUGAUGUCGCUUCAAGAUGACAUUCACGGCGGAAGCUCAAAUCUCUAUCAGUCCAUUGGGCAACAGGGCAAAGAGAUUUACUCUAACCCCAUGAUGAAUGAGAGUCCCCGGCAGAUUGCCAGGAGUGAAAAAACCAAGCGGAGGAGUCAAAGUCAUACCCGCACCCAAAAUCAACAACAUUCUUCCGAUCCGUUCAGCGAUAAUCGCAGUGUUUACUCGGACAAGGCCACCCCAGUGAAGCAGAAAAUGGGCCUUGGUCGGAGAUCCGCCACCCAGAUGGAACUUUCCAGGCGACGUAAUUGGCUGGAUGACGAUGAGAAUGCCAUCUCCGUGGAAGAACGAUCCAGAUGGAAGUCCCAGGAGCAUCUGGUUGACUCGAUGAUGUUCCACAACCAACCAGAUUCCGGCGAACUGGUUUCACUUCCAACUAGUCAGGACGAGUCCACGUAUGUCGGAAAUGGCGGAAGUGGGGGAGGCACGUGCAUAAAGAAGGGAUUAAUGUGGCAACAGCGUGACCGCUUGUUCUCCAGGUGGAAGGAGAGAUAUUUUGUCCUAAGCAAGGAUUACCUUCAGUGCUAUAAACGAGGAUCAUCCCGGAUUAGCGAAAUGGGAGGAUUCAUAUUCAAGAUUAAACUCGCGGAGAUCGAGGAUGUUGAAUUAUUGGAUAAACGUGGGUAUCUCACUGUGUCGUUAACGGUGGCAAAGGAGGGCAAAGUACUUCUGCGGAAGCCUGAAGGAAUCCGAGAAUGGUUCGAGGCCCUGAAGACGUGUUCCACCGACUGCCGCAACCGAAGCAUGAAGUCCACUGAAGAAUUUUGGAACCGGAAAAAGUUCCAAGCGCCAGAUCGAGAAGACUUGGACCAUUGGCUCUUAGCCCGACAAAGAAUAGGCAUCCAAUACAACUACCAAGAUGUGGGAUCGAAUCCGCCGUCCCUUAACACUAGUUUUCAAGAUGAAUUCACCUCCCUGCCCCCAUGUGUUCUAAUGGGCCAGAAUGGCCCAUCCGUGGGCCCAUUGGAGCGUGACCAAUCACAUGAGCGGUCAUCACGUGGCAGAAGUACCUCCAGGUUCGCAGCUGGAGGCUCUGCUCCGAACUCGAGGCCGAGUUCGAGGGCCAGAGUUCCUUCCAAACCUCGGAGGUCAGGGGGAAUCAAUGGAAGUCGUCAAUAUUUGGUGAAUAAUAUUGACUGUCGCACUGAAAUUGAGUCCACAAGUCCCAACUUGAGUAGUGGAUACCACAGCCCUAAGAUUGGAUCUGCUUCUUCUUCGGGAUCCGCCAGCAUCACUAAUCCCGGUCCUCUUCUGAUCAACAAAACCAAAACCAGUUUCACGGAGACAAAUUUCUACUGUCAAGACUCUGGCAACGACUCCAUGCACACCAACACAUCCACGGUUUUGGGAUGUGUAUUUCUAGGUGGAUCGACGGACUCAUCCCAUCCGGAUCAAGGAUCACAAUUGGGAUUAGGGGAGAACCGUCAAGCUCGGAGUCGACUACGCCAACCCAACGAGGAUUUCAAGGACAUCAGUAUCAAUGAAUCGCCAGAGCCUCAGACAUUCAGAGGUCGAACUUGCAGUGAGGUCCAAAGAGCAAAGGAUCCGUGCCGAGAUCAUCAGCAAGCCAAGAUCAAGAACCGACGAUCCCAUUUACCUCACCAAUCCACAAGGGUCUAGUCUCUGAUGUAGCUUAAGCUUUAAUAAUUAUGAUAUUAAAACAACUUCAUACUC